ACAGCAGCAACAACAGCAACAGCAAAUGUCACAACAGCAUCAAAUGCUAGACAUGUUGGGCUCUCAACCCAAUAUUGAUCACCAUCCCAUUGUACCUUCCCAACGCACCUUGGAUCAGCAUCAAUGUAACCUAGAGGAAGAGCAAGAGAGAGUCGCUGCUGCUGCGCAGCACGUCAUGGCCCAACAAAUCGCCCAGCAGUUCGCCAUCUUGCAUCAACAUCAAGUCCCUUCUCAGUCCAAUAACGGCAAUACGAAUGAGCACAUGAUGACGGGAGCAAGACAAAUGCUGACGGUGAAUACCGAUUUGAUCCAAUCACCCACCACUUCACAAGAUACGCCUCAUGUUGUUUUAUCUCAAAUGUCGAGUCUGAGUAGUCCUACUACCCCUUCUGCCUCAUCGAGUCCUGUGCAUCAAGUUAAGAGUGAUAAUAUCUCUUUACAUAAUGCCAUUGUACAACAACAAUUCCAUCAGCAGCAGCAGCAGCAGCAGCAACAACAACAGCAGCAGCAACAGCAAAUGGUAUUUAUUGAUGAAUCUUCCAUGCGAGGUACAAAACGUGUAGUGAAUGAAGAAGGCGCGUUAAGUCGUAUCAAGAAAUCAAGACGACACACAGUAUCUAGUUCAUUUCCUCCUUUAUUAAACAUUGAGACCAAGAAUUUGAUCAUGUCUAAUACACCAAGGUCUGCAGCAGCCAUCGAUCCUUGUUAUUAUGGAGAAGAGGAUAGAAAGAGACUACAACAACAAAAGUUGGGUUUGAUUGCAUUGCCUCCACCUCCAACUCCUCAAGAAUUAGGCUUGCAACCCAAGGGAACCACAGCCAAGGAUUAUGAGAAUAUGACACGCGAACAAUUGAUCUCGCGUUUGAUCCAUUUGGAAAGUGCUAAAUUGGUGGUGACGGCGGGUAGUAAAGACAAGGAAGAGGAUGAAGAAGACAGGGAAGAGGAUGUUUCUCCUAGUAUAUUAAGUGGAGCAGCUGUCAUACCCUUGAUGGAUGAAGAUAAAUCCACCAUGGAUGAAGAGGAAGAUGACGAAGAAGAAGAAGUCUCGCCUUUAUUAUUGACGACGGCUACAGAGGAACCCUCCAAGAUACACAUUCAGUGUAAAUGGAAGGGCUGUGGACACUUGUUUUUUGAAUUGCAAAAAUUGAUUGCUCACAUCAAUGAGACUCAUGUCGGUAGCGGCAAGCCUACGUAUUGCUGCGAAUGGGAUAAUUGCCAGCGUAAUCAAAAACCGUUUACAAAGCGACACAAAAUGUACAACCAUCUUCGAACGCAUACAGGAGAACGUCCGUUUGUAUGCUCUAAAUCGGGAUGUGGUAAGCGAUUUUCGCGACCUGAUUCAUUGACGACGCACAUCAAGACACAUUCGAAUGUUCGACCCUUUAUCUGUAUUGCCAAGGGAUGCGGUAAAGCGUAUUAUCACUCGAGAUCGUUAAAGAAGCAUGAAAAGACACAUGAAGUGACGACGCCCGUGUUAUCUACGCCCAAUAGUGUGAUUCAGUAUUCAGCAGCCAAUCAUAAUAGCUCAACAACAGGAGGGUUAAAUAGCAAUACAACACCUUUUAAUAAUGGGAAUCAACAGGUGGAUUAUUUAAAUAGUCAAAUGUUGCAUCCGAUUCAUAGUCAGUCGUUGCCCAAUACGCCUCAUCCUUCGUUAAGUCAAAGUAACUUUACUCAUGUCAAGGUUUAUACCCCUUCCAACAAUAUGUUGUCAUUUCCUCCAGCAGGUAUGGUCGAUCCACAACAGCAACAGCAACAGCAGCAACAACAACAACAGCAACAACAACAACAACAACAACAACAACAACAACAAAAUAACGAGCCCAUGAUGACGCCACAACAACACUUGUACGAUUCUGCGAAUCAGCAACAACAAAAUUUUGAGUAUAAAUUGGCAUAGAUAAAUCUGGGUUAAAAAAAAAAUGUGAUGACAAGCGGUGCUUGGAACAUGCAACAACAAUAACAACAACAACAAAAAAGCCACUUUUUUCUUUUUCUGUAAUUUUUGACUUGCUUUCCUUUUUUUUUGUUUUUUAAAAAAAAAAUUAAAGCAGAACUUUAUCCCCAUAUAUAUUCAUA